CUUCCACUUGUAUAGUACUCAGGUGUGACACACACACACAAACAGACACUCUUAGCCAACACACAGUUGGACCUUGAUGUUGUGAUAUCGAAAUGGUGUCGUACAUGUCAGUAAUGUUUCCAAACCAUGGUAGACCUGCCCCACCUCCAACCAACUCCGCCCACUACCCUGGCUACCACGCCUACCCUAACUACCCGCCCCCUGAUCAGAAUUCAAAUCUUCAGUUGUACUCUGGAAUUCCACAUCAAUUCGAUUUCGGGCAUGGAGGAACGCCCUCAAGCUGGGCUCACACCAAUUGGCCCUCCACUAACUUCCCCGCCUCUUGUCGAACCUACGAGUGGGAGGGGUCCACCAGCCUUCCCAAUCAGUCCCCGGAGGUAACGCCCACCAGUGAACCAACCCAUACAUCACCUCGUUCUCCCUACACAGCCCCUGAUCCAAGAAAUAGAUCUCCACCCCCAGCCUCCGACCAGUUCAACCACGCCCUACCAAGCCAUUACAACUCACAGAUAUUGACCCCGCCCCUGAUGUACAAGCAGGAGCCCCCAACCUCAACAACAGAGUUGAACAUGGGACCGGCCUCGAUGUCCUCGGACUUGAACGAUGACUGUCCAUCCCCCGGAUCUCCGGCCUCUAGGCCAGGACCUGCGAGGUCCCCCUACGAGUGGAUGAAGAAGCCUGCUUAUCCCUCCCCCGGGAGUCAGUCCGACCCGAAUGGUGAGUUCUUAGCUCGGACCCGGACCAAGGAUAAAUAUAGAGUUGUAUACAGUGAUCAUCAGAGAUUAGAACUAGAAAAAGAAUUUCAUUAUAGCAGAUAUAUAACGAUAAGAAGAAAAGCUGAGCUCGCUAAUGGAAUUGGACUUUCAGAAAGACAGGUGAAGAUCUGGUUUCAAAACAGACGAGCCAAGGAGCGACGAUCAAUGAAGAAACAAGAAGAUGUUCUCGUUAAAGAGAAACUAGAUGGAUCAGUUCCCAUGCAGGGGGCUUUUUCACCCCACAACAUGGGGAUGUCCGACGUGUUCAACCCCUCCUCCCUUGGGAUGCAUUUUAAUCAAUCGUUUCCACACUCCUUCCCACCUUUCAUGAAGUUUGAAUAAAAACAUUCUAUUUCUAAGGAAGUUUGCAACGAUGAUCGAUGCUCGAUCAUCGAUUGAAGCGUGAUCGGCAUUACAUCAUGAAUGAAAAUUUUUUACAAUCUUGCCAUAAUCAGCGGAAAAAAUCCAUUAAGUAUUCAAAUAGCAAAGCAGACAACAAACAAUAAAAAACUGACGUUAUAGAAACAAAAACAUAGAUUUAUUUCAUCUUAAAUUAAAAUAGGAAUAUUUUUUCUGGAUUUAAGAACUGCUUGAAAUUUAACCCCUUCUAAUCUGUGAUAUAUCAGUGUCUUUAAUAAUAAUAUUAAUAUUAUGUAGCUUUAUGUUCAGCACAAUAUCUUUCGGUGAAAAUCCGCAAUUUGUUAGAAAAAAAUUGCUGUUGUGUACAGAUAUUUAUGUACUAAAGUUCUUAACGCUUCUUUUGUACAACGAUAGAAAUCUGUGUCCUUUGUAAGAAUGUACAUGAACAGUUGCAAAAUGUUUAUAAGUGAAAGUGUACAAUCGCACCUAAAUUUUUUUUCUGCAGUAGUACAGUUGUUGUGUACGAACCAAAGGACACAUUGUGCACGACAGCAAUCAUUUUCAGAUCUCAAUUCGAUGUGGGAUUCGAACAAAAGGCGCGCGCGUCGUUUUACGGCACGCGCCCUACGAAUUCGGUGAACAGUGUAUCCAUGUCUAGAACAAUGUUGGUUAUUAAAAGUAUUCAUAAAACAUUGUUUGUAUUUUAAUUAAUAAAUGUUAUUUCUUAAA